AAAGGAAAUCGUUCGAAAAAAUUUAGAAAUAAAUUUCCUGAGUAGUGGAAAUCAGAAAUAUUUACUUUAGAGGAAGUUUUAUAAGUUUAAAUGGAUGCGCAAAAGAGGCGUUGAAAUGCAAAUACAUCGCUACUGAGUUUAUAAGAAAGCACCUCAUUGGAUGAGAUAGAGCACUCACCACUUAAAUAUUUUGAUCUCGCGAAUGACAGCGCUCCUGACAAUCUGUAGAGACCGCAUGCGUAAGGAUACACUUUUCCAACACUGAACCCUCCCGUGUCUUGUGUGAAAGAAGCCGGUGAAAAUUUUGUUGACUGUAUUUUAAAUAGCUUUUGGGGUAUUUAAAAAAACACCAUGUCUUCUGGAGUAACAGUAUCGACAGCUGCCAAGCAGGUUUAUGAAGAAGUGAAGAAAGAUAAAAAAUACAGAUACAUUAUCUACCACAUUAAAGAUGAGAAGGUGAUCGAUGUAGAAGUAACUGGUCCUCGUGAGGCUACCUAUCCUGAAUUCCUUGAGCAAUUGCAAAAGUAUAAGAAUGAAUGUCGAUAUUGUGUAUUUGACUUUCCGGCUAACAUUCCUGUUGAUGGAGGGCAGGAAAAAUCAUCCAUGUCAGUGGAUAGACUUAUUCUCAUGACAUGGUGCCCCGAAAGCUCCAAGAUCAAACAAAAGAUGUUGUACUCUAGUAGCUAUGAUGCCCUGAAGAAGGCCCUAGUGGGUGUAUACAAAUAUGUCCAGGCCUGUGACUUUGAGGAAGCCAGUCAAGAAGCAAUUGAGGAUGCUUUCAGGAAAGGCAAGUAAGAUCCACUCAUGGUCAGCUGUCUUUAUGGUACCGGAGGAGCGACUCAUCGUAUGGCCUCUCGGCACUUUAAAGUGAUCCCUCUUCCAUGCUUCUGUUUUUCAAAAGAUGUGACUGGGAUGCUCAGUGCAACAUCGUAUUCAGUAUAAGAAAAAAAUUCGGGAAGUGCUUGUAGAGCAUGUUUAUAUAUAUUUACUGUACUGUUUUUCAUGCUGAUUAAUAUUAAUGUGAAACAUUUGUAGAAAAGUUCCUUUUUGUUUUUUAACUAGAUAUUGGCAGUCAUAAGAAAACCACAUGGCUUUAAUUCUUAAAAUUACUUUUCAGGCUUUUUUUAUUUUUAUUGAUUUGUCCUAUUUAAGCAUUUUUUUACAGUACACUUGAUUUAAAUUUUGAAAUUUUUGUCAACUUUAGUCACUUGGGUUCCAUUGCUGUGCAAACACUUCCAGUGUCUACAUGAAUAAUUUAUAUCUGUCAUAUCGUUUCCCUGUGUUUUUCAUAUGACUGUAUUUGUAUGUAAGCACCAAAAACGAAUAAAAUAAUUUGAUUUUUUUUUCAAUGAAA